GCCAAUUUAACUGUUAAGGACGCAAUAGAAAAAGGUCUCAGCGAGGAGUAUAUAUACACCCGCAUAACGACUUCAAACCAUCUGCUGCAGAGAACUACGAGGUCGCCUCUUCAUGAUUUACGUUAGCCCCAAACAGCUCCAAAGCUCCAUUUCCUAAGACAGAGAAACACGAAAAGAGCAUCCUGCUGUCUGUCUAAACUUGAACCUAGUUUAUCAUGCGUGUCGGGAGUGAGGGAUGGAAUGCCGGAAUCAUGGAGUUUGGCAAGUGAAGAGUUUCUCUUUUCCUGUCAGCUGUCAUUCAGUAGCGUCGACGCAGCUGCAGCUGCAGCGCGUUGCAUCAGAACACAGAAACCAUCCCCUGCCAGCUGAAAUCGAUCACUUCAUGUCUUGGUGGGUUUUUUUCCAGACCGCAGCCUGGCACAUACCGGUUUGGGUUGCUUUUACGACCGUGAUGCGAAACACGCAGCAACUACGGAGUACUCUCUGUGAAAAUCCCCACCUCGUUCGAUACUAUCACGUAUCCUAGAUCCUACAUGAAGGGAUUUAGAUUGACUUACUAUCGAUUAGACCCGAG